AUGCAACCGCCACGUCAGCAUUCGCGGGUCAACCUCACCGAGUUGAAAGCUCAGAUAGCGAAGAAAGUAGGGGCCGGCGGGUCCAAGCAAUACUUUUAUUACCUGAACAGAUUCUUGAGUUUAAAGUUGAAUAAAUCUGAUUUCGACGAUCUCUGUCUUAAAAUCCUGGGACGGGAGAAUAUUCCUCUUCACAAUCAGCUCAUUCGCUCGAUACUAAUAAAUGCUACCACCUCAAAAACCCCACCACCAGCAACGAAGGACGCCGUUUCAAAACCCGGGAUUUGCACUAGCGGUAAAGAUAGCGAUAAUAAUCACAUUCCAAACGGGUCCCACCAUGCGAAUACAGCUCAGCCCUCAAGUUUCGCAAAUGGAGGUGACAUGCUGCUGCCGAUUUCACCCAAGAAGGCCCGAACGGGCUUACGUGAACGUAAAAGUGGGGACCGCAAAAGCACACUUGGGUUCAACGGGAAAACUAACUUUGCUCCUCAGCCUCCCAACGAUUUUAAUGCAGUGCCCGAAAAUUUGUCAGUCUUGAGAAGGUGUACGGGCGCAAAUAGAAGCUUAAAUUUGGAAGACGAGAAGGAGACUUCUUCUUUGCCCACGAGUCCUAUCCGGGCCCCGCUUGGGGUUCCAUUUUGUUCGGUUAGUGCUGGUGGGGCUGCCCGUCGGGCAGCAGGGGGCAGCAGUGGUGGAUAUAUGGGCUCGUUUUUCAGUGAUGGAAUUUUGUCGGAUAGCGUGAGUUUGAGGGAACGUAUGGAGCAUAUUGCUUUGGGAAACGGCCUUGAAGGAGUGUCUUUAGAUUCUGCCGACUUAUUGAAUCGCGGUUUGAAUCUUUACAUGAAGCGGUUGAUUAGUUCGUGCAUCGAGCUCGUGGGCUCAAGGCAAGGACAUGAGGUAACCCAGAAUAAGCAACAUGGAUAUCCAAAGCCCGUUAAUGGUGUAAGGCCGGGGUAUAAAAAUCUGGUGCAUAGUAGUGGGAAGCUCUCGGAAGUUCAAGAACAAAGAAAUCAUUGUCCAAUUUCUUUACGGGACUUUAGGGUUGCUAUGGAAAUGGAUCCACGGAAUCUCGGCGAGGAUUGGCCAUUGUUGAUGGAGAAAAUAUGUGUAAAGUCAUUCGAAGAAUAA